AACAGCUACCGACUGCCAUUUUUACUGAAGUAAGGAGCAAAUUCGAUAUCAUUGAGACAGGUAUUCGCAAUAAAUGCCAAAACUUCGAACCAAAAUGGCUUCUGGAAGCCGUGUUAAGAAAACAGCUUAACAAUUCAGCAAACCAAUUGCCCUGUUACUGUACCAGGCGUGAAAAUAUUGUCAGUUCUAACCUUCUGAAGAAGGGAUUCGGGGGGCAACGCGAGUAACCAGUAAGUCUGCAUGCGGGCAAGUCAAAGUGAAUUCUUUUUAUGACGAUCAUUUUCGUCAUCCGAGACGUUACCUACGAAAACCUAGGGCUGUUAAGGCCUUUAAAUGACCAUGACCGAGCGUCGCACGAUCAAAACUCAAUUGAUUAAGCAAUCCGAAAUAGAAGAAAACGAAGAAAGUGCAUCAGAUGAGACGAAUGGAAGUCCGAAUUCUGAUGUUUCCGAUGCAACGAUUACUGCAAAUAUACCUGUCUGUAUUCAGUCAGCCAGUGAUUCUCCAGAAAAUGGCUCACCAGAAGAAUCUGGCACAUCAGAAUGUAUAGAUAAAGAAAGGAAAGAAAAACCAAGGUCAAAUAAUGCUUCCGCUAAAUUGAAGAGAGAAGUAGCCCUGUGUGAUGAUGUUACUCCACCACCAGAGAGAGCUGAUAGCUUUGAGGGUGAAAGUCCUGCAUAUGAAACACCAACCAGCUAUGAUACCCUGGUUAUACCAAACAAUAUUAAAUUAGAAAAACAAGGUUCCCAGGGUUCGGAAACUUCUGCUUCUCCAUGUCUUUCUCGAGAUUCCAGCUUAGAUUCUACAUAUAAAGAUUCAACCGGUAUAGAUUUGGUCGAGUUUAUAAGAAAAACAUUGAACAAAUCUGUCAAAGAUAAGAAAAUGCUUCUUCAGCUAGAAAAAGAUUUUAAGAAAUUUAUUAAAGAACCCAAACAUCAGUAUCUUCAAUUACCUGAUAUGUCAUCCUAUGAUAGGAUGUUGGUACAUCGCAUUGCUGCUUUUUUCGGACUGGAUCAUAAUGUUGACCAGAGAGGCAAAUCAGUUAUAGUCAGUAAAACUAAGAAAACAAGAGUGCCUGAUUUAGUAUUUGAAGAUUAUGUAUUGAAAGGGGGGGAAUUGCAACCUAAAAGACAGAUUUUACCAAGAAAAGUUCCAAGUAUGGAUGAAACACACAGUGCAGGAUUACAAAAACCUCAUAUAGGAAAUAACAGGGCUAAAUCAUUAGAAGAAAGACAAAAAAGUUAUGAUGAGCAUAAAGCUAGAAUUUUUAAUGGAGAGUCUGGUCAAGAUGAAGCAGGACCUCUUAGAUCUAGUAAAUGUAGUUUGUUGAGCAGUAAAGAUGAUCUAACAGUUCGCCAUUGGAGUAGUACAGAUUCUAGUGGUUAUGGUACAGAUAACUCAAAUAUUGUUCGAGGACGUUUAUUACCUAAAGCUAAUAGUUAUGGUGGAAUAUCGUCGCCACAUAAAUUACCCAACAGAACAACCAGUUACAGUUUUUCAAAAGCAGAUUCAUUUGGUAGUUCACAUUCGGGAAGUUUUGAUACAUGUCUAACGCGACCACCAAAUGCAGUGGCGACACCACCUAGUUAUUAUGGUGAUACUACGUCACGUAGUAGUUCGGCCGGUCCGAUACAAUCUCCAUUACAACAAGUGAUGCCUGGUCAAAAUCAUCCACUGCCAUUGAUUGUAGCACCAGAUUUUAGUUCUAUACCACCUGGUAGCCUCAUGAUUAAUCAACAAACAAUGACACCAUACAAAAAUCCAGAUGGUUCAUAUUAUCACUAUGAUCCCAAUCAACCUCCACCGCCUUGGUUGAGUGGUGUUACUGGACAACCAAACUCUGGUAUGAACUAUACAUCAACAAUCAAACAACAAUCAGUAGAAAGUGUGGGGGAAAUAUGCCAUAAAUUACAGCCUAUGGCAUUGACACCCCAGACACCAGAUAAUAUAGAGGUACACACUUUAGGAACAGCCCCUUCAUCUCACCCCCAUACCUUCAUGAUGAGUGGACAUCAAGCUUAUCCUCCACAACAGCAACCAAGUAAUCAAUAUGUACAAAAUCCAUAUUAUCCAUCUCAAGGUGUGGCUGGCCAACCUGUGAGAUAUGUUUAUCCUAUGACAUAUGCGAGUCCAAACCAAGGUGAAUGUCAUAAUCACGCGAAUAGUACACAAAUAGUGGGACAAUAUUCACAGCAGUUUGUGUCAGGUUAUCCUAAUUAUCAAAAUGUUGUGCAUCAGGGAACUCCGCAGGCGAGCGAGAUGCCACCUGUGUCGUAUCAACCAGCUCCUAUGUACCCAGUGUCGCAUACGGAUAAUAUGUCUUCAUAUUCUAUACAGUACGCUCCACAUAGUCAACAAAAUUUUGGACAACAAUCCCACUCACCUGUGUAUUAUAGUGUUUCACAGACUGCUAGCCCACAAAUGGCGUUUACAAUUACUGGACAGAACUCUUUAAGAGCUGCCACUCCCCCUAGUCAACCCAGUGCUAAUAUACCGAACCCGAACAUAGCAAUAAAUGUGGGACAACCUUUAGGCUACGCGCAGCAAGGAUCAACAUCGGGAGGUCAACAGUUCACAUCUUAUCAACCUUAUCCACACCAGUUCCCAAAUCAACCACGCCCCAUUAAUCAAGUUAUACAGUUACCAGGACUUCAAUCACAAACACCUCCACAAGGUGUGUCCGUUAUAAGACCUAGCAUGCCCAUUAAUAUGCAACCUGGAGGUAUGGUACCAAAUAAUGUCGGACAGACAUUGGCGGCCAAAGGCUAUCAAAUGACCAGCUGUGUGCAUAAAAGUGGAUAUAUGGGUGAUGGUGGUAAAGAUGGUGGUGUUACAUUAAUACCAACAGGUGGAGGUGUACCAGCUACAUCUCCUAUAACACCUACAGUUAUACAGCAUUUACAAUGUACAGGUGAUUAUCGUAUGGUUGCUCCUGCCGGUGUCCGCCCGCAAUUACAACCUUUACAGUUUACUAGUAAACCUCAACAGACACAAUCUCAAGUGCCAAAAACUAGACCGGUUGUUCCUAGUGUAUCUAUACGCGCUCCUAGACCUCGAAAACCAGUUAGAUCUACUAGUAAAGAGGCUACAACGCCUUCUAGUGGUGCCAGUCCAUCUGCAGACAAUGCUUCAAACCAGAAUGCAUAAUUCGAGGAAACAUAUCAACCUUAGAUAGAUCUGAGUUUAGGAAAAAAAAAGAAUAGUCAUCAACGAUAGUGCCAGGGUGCCUAGCUACACUUGAAAAUAAAAAAAAACAUUUGAAAAAAAAAAAAGAUAUAUGGACCCUUCCACACCAUAUAUAAAUAUAUAUAUAUAGUUCCACAGAUCCUCCUUCUUAUGAAUUUUA